CCCCGGAACCUCUGUUCUCGCUCGAGUUUCCGCGGAGAAGCUCAGGAAGGCCACGGCGGAAGUAGUGUGAGCGUGUGGGCGGAGCUGAGUGUAGCCAUGUCCGCGGCCCUGCUGCGGCGGGGCCUAGAGCUGCUGGGGGCGCCAGAGGCCCCCCAGGCCGCGCCAGGCCAGGCCAAGCCGAGCGGGGCUCCGGUGAAGCGGACCCGGAAAGCGAAGACUACCCAAGCCCAGAAACUGCGGAACUCGGCCAAGGGAAAGGUGCCCAAGUCUGCGCUUGCUGAGUUCCAGAAGCGAGAGUGUCAGAGCUACCUCGGAGUAAACCUGAAGUUUAUGACCAGUGCAAGAAGCACAGUGGCUGAGUCAGUCACCCAGCAGAUUGUGCGCCAGAACCGGGGCCGCAAGGCCUGUGACCGACCUGUGGCCAAGACGAAGAAGAAGAAGAAGGCUGAGGGCACCGUGUUCACUGAGGAAGACUUCCAGAAGUUCCAGCAGGAAUACUUCGGCAGCUAGGCUCCCAGGAGGAUGCAGCGGGAAGGGCACUCAGCCCAUCUCCUCCUCUGACCUCACAGCCUCUGCUGGCCCCAGGACCCUGCCAAGCCGCCGGCCUGGCACAACGAAGCCUGGGGGCUAGAGCCAGGGCAGGGUGGCUAGAAAGGAGACGGUGAGCUGGAAGCCCUGGGGAGGAUACGCACUCAGAGCACAGCUGACUUCUGCAGGAGGGGUCGUCUACCUGCCAGAUAACAUGUCUGACUGUUUCCUUUACUUUGGCCCGAGGAGGGCCUCUGGGCUGUUUGCUCUGGAGAAGCCAGUCACUAGGCCCCCAGGGCCACACCUCUAGGAGUAGCAGGAGGGCUGCUGGGCAGGCUUCCGGGCUCUAAUAAACGUGAACCCGAGA